UGGAGAGACUAUGAAAAGUGUUUGACCACUAUACGAGUGAUUCAUUAGAAAAUAAAAAAACGUAUCAUGUUUGGAUUUGCUUUAAUGCUCAGAGCUGCAUUCAUCCACAUUGGACUUUUGAUGUAUCUGAGGGUGAUAUUAGUCGAUGUAGAAGGAUGGACUUAUGGUUACUCCAAUACAACAAUGACCUGGAAUGACUCGAGGAAGUGGUGUCAACAGAAUUACACUGAUAUCGUGAUGAUCCACAAUGAAAAUGUAACACGUUUUCUGGAAAAACUUUUACCAAGAAGAUCUAGCUCUUACUACUGGAUCGGACUCAAAAAGAACAAUGGCAACUGGACUUGGGUUUCACAUAGACGGAUUGCAGAAUAUCAGCCCUGGGCUGCAGAUGAGCCCAAUAACAUUAAGUCUAACGAAAACUGUGUGGAAAUGUACAUCACUGAAUCAAACAAUAAUGGCAAGUGGAACGAUGAGGGGUGUGAGAAAAAUAAGCUUCCUGUUUGCCACAAAGCACAAUGUUCAAACAAUCCAUGCACUGACAGAGAAGACUGCAUUGAACAGGUCAACAACUUCACCUGUGUGUGUAAAGCAGGUCUUUCUGGGCCACGGUGUGAAACAGCCGUGUCAUGUGAGAAGUUAUCCAAACCAUCGCACGGCUGGAUGGAAUGUUCUGGUCUGUAUGGGAACCAUUUGCUUAAUUCCAGUUGUCAGUUUAUUUGUGCUGCUGGUUUUAAGCUGAGUGGCACCGCUGAUCUCCAUUGUAAUUCUUCAGGUGCGUGGAAUGCACCUCCACCUACUUGUGCAGUGGCAUGUUACCCCAUUCUUUUAUUCGGUGGUGGCUUAAUGAACUGCACUGAAAGCCAUGACACCUACAAAUCUACAUGUAGAGUACAGUGUCCACCUGGACAUUUGCUGCUGGGCUUUGUUGAAUUUACAUGCAGAUCUGAUGGCACAUGGACAUCUUCCUUUCCAUUAAUGUGUGCAAGUUAUGUCCAUUUUUUAAUCGCUAUCUUGGGAUGUUUUAUCCUCUCAAUGUUCUGUUGCUGUUUAUUUUGUUGCUUCAACUGCAGAAAAAGUAGGGAGACAGUCAGAUCAAGAACUCAUCAGGAGACGGUGAAUCCAGCAUACGAGGAACAUACAGCACCAGAGGGCCCUCUGUGUUCAGUUUAAAGAUGUCGAUUUUUGCAAUCAUUUUGUUUAGUCAUAUAUUUUUCAUUCUUUUUACUAUGCAUCAUGAU